AUAGAUGAAUAUAUUAUCAUAAAUACUAUAUAUAUAAUAUAGUAUAGUCGUGCAUUUAAUACUACACGAUUUCUUAAUGGUAUGACGUGUUUGUGACGUUUUAUUUCUAAGAAAUUUUUUACGAAUCCAAUUUAUAUUAUAUUACCAUUAGUUACUGUAAUUAAUUGUAAAGUGACAUUAAGUAAAAUAACUAUUGAAUUAUUUCAAAUUUUAUACUUAAACGUUAAUUUAAAGAUGUCAUUUGUAUCGCCUAUGCCUAGUCGAGAAUUUCUCUGGGAUGUUUUUCAAAGAGUUGAUAGAGACAGAUCUGGUGCAAUUACUGCAGAUGAAUUACAACAAGCUCUUUCAAAUGGAACAUGGACACCAUUUAAUCCAGAAACAGUGCGUUUAAUGAUUGUUCAUUUUAUUGAUACAGGUAUGUUUGACAUUGACAAAACUGAUCCUGAUUCUUCAGGUAUGUUCGAUAAAAAUCAAAAGGGUACAGUUAGUUUUGAAGAAUUUGGAGCUUUAUGGAAAUACGUAACAGAUUGGCAAAAUUGUUUUCGAUCAUUUGACCGGGAUAAUAGUGGAAAUAUUGACAGAAAUGAAUUAAAAACAGCUCUUACAAAUUUUGGAUAUAGAUUAUCAGAUCAAAUUAUAGAUACUCUUAUACGCAAAUAUGAUAGAGCUGGUCGUGGAACUAUAUACUUUGAUGAUUUUAUUCAGUGCUGUGUAGUUUUAUAUACUUUGACUUCUGCCUUCAGACAAUUGGAUACAGAUCUAGAUGGUGUUAUUACAAUUCACUAUGAACAAUUCCUAGGCAUGGUAUUCAAUCUUAAAAUAUAAAUCAUUUUGUGCUUCAAUGUUAUUCUUGCCUUUGGCAUUAUAUUCUUAUACAAAUACGAAUUAUUUGAUGCCAAAUUUGAAAAUAUGAAUUUAUUCAUAAAAAAACUUUUCAUAUCAAAAUUAAAAUCUUAUACAUUUAAUAUGCUUGUAUGUAAAUCUUAAUUAAGAAAUCAUAAAUAAUCAGUUAUAUGUAUAUAUAAACAUUCCUAAAAAA